AUGGCAACAGUCAAGUUGGGAUCGCUGCUAAUCAAGACACUCUCUAAGCCAGUAGCUAUUGCUAUUAAAUCAAGUGCCAAGAACAAUCCUCGAUUCAAGGCAUUCUGCAUUGGAGUAGCUCAGACAUACCAUAGAAUGGAUCUUGGGCUCAAGAUGCGAUUCAAUGAUCGUGGUGCUCAACAUCAUAUUCGGCCACUUAAUGAUACGAAAGCAGUUGAAGUAGGUGCGGACUUUAUGUCAGAAGCACUCUUGUUUACAAUCGCUGCAUUGACUAUAGUGGCAGAAACAUGGCGAUCUACUCGCAAUUCUCGCAAUCGCACUAAUGCUCUCAAUGAGUCUGUGGAUACUCUCGAGACUGUGACUGGGAAAAACCACCUGACUAUAGCAGAGCUGAAGGAACAAGUAGAGGAUUUAAGAGAAGAACUAGCCGCCUUUAAGCAGGAGUUUCAAGCCCGUCAAGAAUCGCUACCAAUAGCAAUCAACGAAACCAAUGGGUCUGUACUUGCUUUAUCUGCUUAUCCCAUAGACAGUAAUACAAAAGAUGCUUGCAUCAACCACCAAGAUCAUGAUUCAACCCAAAGCAACAAGCUCAUAGCGUAA